UGACCUUUGACCUUUAAAGACCGCCUGAUGUGCUAUCUGCGCUAGUACGUUACAGAAAAAAGGAUUCUGAAGCCAAGAUAACUUCAUUCCGGCAUCUAGAACUACUGAAGUGUGAACCAUGGCGUCCCGGCUACCAGUGGUCCACCUGUACACGUGCAUGGCGGAGACAGUACAGGAGUUACUGCACAAACUCUGUCCUGAGAUGACGGUCAAAGUUGUGGGGUCAAACUUCGACACCCUCCUGCCCUCUGACCCUACCCCGGAGCAUGUUGCUGCUCUACAGGAGGCAGAGAUUCUCCUGAUGGACCCAAACCUCAUGCCUCCACUGAUGUACCAGCUACCUCGUCUCAAGUGGAUGCAGUCAACUUGGGCUGGUGUGGAUGCUAUGUUCAAACAUCUUGACAAAACAAAGCCUUUGCCCAGCUACACCCUGACGAGGUUUGGUGGAGUAUUUGGACCUGCAAUGGCAGAGUAUGUGAUCUCUCACAUUGUAAAUACUGAGAGGAGGGCUCACAAACAGUGGGAAAACCAAGCAAAAGGACUAUGGGAGAGGUCUGGAGAUAUUCACAACUACCGGCCUUUAACAAUGCUGUCCGUGGGCAUCCUGGGGGUCGGAGACAUUGGAAAGGAGAUUGCCAGGUGUUGUAAGACCUUUGGUAUGACAGUGUGGGGCAUGGUGAGAAGAGAGCUAAGUGAGGACAAGCGAUCACCAUAUGUGGACCAUUACAGAAAGUUUUCAGAGUUGUCAGAACUACUACAGAAAUGUGACUACAUCUGUAACGUCCUGCCCAGCACAGCUGAAACAAAGGGACUCCUCAAUGGGAACAUACUGAAAAGCUGUAAAGAAAAGAAGUCAGUGUUCAUAAAUGUCGGCAGAGGAGAUGUGAUCAGUGAAGAGACCAUCGUUAAUGCCAUACAGUCUGGAUGGAUCUCGCAUGCCAUCUUAGAUGUUUUUGAAACAGAACCACUUCCUACCAGCAGUCUGCUUUGGAAAAUGCCUCAGGUGACAAUUACUCCACAUGUAUCUGCUGUCUCUAUUCCCUCCCAGGUGACAGACAUGUUCUAUGAAAACUACCAGCGAUACCUGAAGGGAGAAGAACUCAAGUAUGUCGUCAACUUGGAGAGUGGCUACUGAGGAUACUUCAGAAACACAGUGCAACUAUAGUCAAUGUUGUCGAUUGUUUGGUUGAUUGGGAAAAGAGGCGUUUUAAAUUAUGUUGUGGACCGAUGGUAAGCUGAUUUGGAUAAGAAGAGGUCAGAUGAGAAAGACUACAGAUUCAUAGUGGAAACAAUUCACCUGUACGUGCUGCCUUAGUAACUGACAAUAAAUACUACGUACUUCUACAGUGGUAAUACAUGUACUUUGAAAACCAUGUCCGUGGUGGUAAAAAGAUCAUUAUCACCAAA